AUGUUGGUCUUUCCUUACUGUCUUUCAGAUAUUGAUGAGUGCAAGGAUUCAUACCCCUGCCCUAUCGGAACGUGCAAAACUUUACUGGGAAAUUAUUCUUGUAAAUGUCCCAAAGGGUACAAACAUGAAGCCAUGGAUGAAAAGAAAUGCAUCAAAGACAACAAUCUUUCAAAGAUCAUUGUCCCGCUCUGGAGGCCUCUUGCUUUUAGUGUGGUUGGAAGUUUAUGGAUAUAUUGGGGUAUGCCGGGAAGAAAGUUCAUCGAACUCAAAGAGAAAUACUUCAAAGAAAAUGGUGGCUUAUUGUUACAACAACAACUCGCUAGUCAAGGAGGCUCUAUGGAAACAACAAAAAUCUUUAGAGCAGAAGAGCUUGAGAAGGCCACGAACAACUGCCACGAAAGUAGAAUUCUUGGAGAAGGAGGCUAUGGAACGGUUUACAAAGGAAUAUUACCAGACAAUAGCGUGGUUGCCAUAAAGAAAUCAAAAGUUAAUGGUGCGCCGGCUCAGAGUGAGGAUUUUAUUAAUGAGGUGAUUAUUCUUUCCCAAAUCAAGCAUAGAAAUGUGGUCAGGCUCUUAGGUUGUUGUUUAGAGACACAUGCACCGUUACUGGUUUAUGAGUUCAUUGCUGAGGGCACUCUUUCUGAGCACAUCCGUAACAAAAGCAGCCUAACACCAUCACUUUCAUGGGAGAUGAGAUUGAAUAUAGUGGUAAAAACAGCAGGAGCACUGGCAUACUUACACUCAUCUGCUCUAGUGAAAAUUAUCCACAGAGAUGUGAAAGCAACAAAUAUACUACUAGAUGAAAAUUACACUGCAAAAGUGUCUGACUUCGGAGCUUCAAGAUUGAUCCCUCUAGAUCAAACUCAACUAACAACGUUAGUGCAAGGAACACUCGGAUACUUAGACCCCGAAUGCUUCCUCACGAAUCAACUAACAGAAAAGAGUGAUGUAUAUAGCUUCGGAGUUGUCCUUAUGGAGUUACUGACAAGCAAAGUAGCGCUUUCUUUCCCCAGGCCCGAAGAAGAGAAAAACUUAGCAAGCUUCUUUGUUUUUUCAAUGGAGGAAGAUCAAUUGAAGGAAAUUCUUGAUGAUGACAUCGUUAAUAAGAGUAACAUUGAGACGCUAAGAAACUUGGCAGAACUCGCAAGAAGAUGUGUAAUGUUGAAAGGGGAGGAGAGGCCUAGCAUGAAAAAAGUGGCAAUGGAGCUCGAGGGAAUGAGAGUUACAGUAAACCAUCCAUGGGGAAAAGCUCAAGUUUCAAGUCCAGAAGAGACUGAGUACUUGCUUGGGUCAGCUAUGAAUUCAGAGGCUUAUUUUGUGGAUGUUAGAGGUGAUGCUGCAGAAGCUCAAGCCUUGCCUGGCUGCCCAAACCAAUGUGGAAAUUUGUCAAUUCCAUUUCCAUUUGGCAUAGCUAAAGGCUGUUACGUCAGAGAUGAAUUUUUCAUUGAUUGUAAUGAAACCAACCAAACCCCAACACCAUAUUUGAAUGGAACUGGGAUCCCAAUUUCCAACUUAUCCCUUAAUGGUGAGUUACAAAUAAUGCAAUUUGUAGCCAGGGAUUGCUAUGACCAAGAUGGUUCUUUAGACAAAAAACUCAGCAACACCCCAAGGCUCAAGCUUUUCCCUCCUUACACAAUCUCCGGCACCAAAAACAAGUUCAUUGCCGUUGGUUGUGACACUUACGCAAUCUUCGAAGGUGUUCGGGGCAAAGAAAAGUACAUAACUGGGUGCAUGACCUUCUGUGAGAGCCUUGGAAGCAUUAGUGAGUCUUGCUCUGGCAUUGGGUGCUGCCAAACUUCAAUCCCAAGUGGACUUCAAGUGCGUACCGUGACAAUGAGUAGCUACUACAAUCAUACAUUUAUAUGGGACUUCAACCCCUGCAGCUACUCCUUCAUUGUGGAAGAAGGCCAGUUCACAUUCUCUAGUAAAAGUUUCCAAGAACUGAAAUCUAUAAGCCGGCUUCCGAUGGUUCUCAACUGGGCAAUUGGGGAUGAACCAUGUGAUGCAGCUCAACAUAGGCAGGAUUAUGCAUGCAAGGGAAAUAGCACAUGUGUCAACCCCCUCAAUCUAUCUGGUUAUUUUUGUGAAUGCUUGCCAGGUUAUGAAGGAAAUCCAUACCUCCCAGACGGUUGUCAAGAUACCGACGAGUGCCAGAUUUCAAACCCCUGCAGUGCAGGAGCGUGUGUAAACGUACUUGGAAAUUAUUCUUGUGUAUGUCCAAAAGGUUUCGAAGGCGAUGGAAUGAAAGCUGGAACAGGUUGCAGCAAAGACAACACCAGCAAUCUUUUUAAGGGCAUUCACUUGCUUACUAUUUCAUUGGCUAUGACAGUAGCCUUGUUGGUUUUGCUGGUUGGAAGUUCAUGGACUUAUUGGGGAACGAAGAAAAAGAGGUUCAUCAAACUCAAAGAAAAAUACUUUCAAGAAAAUGGUGGCUUCUUGUUGCAGCAACAACUCGCUAGUCGCGGAGGACCUGUGGAGACAACGAAAAUUUUUACUGCAGAAGAACUCGAGAAGGCUACAAACAAUUACCAUGAAAGCAGAGUCCUUGGUGAAGGAGGAUAUGGAACAGUGUACAAAGGAAUACUAGAAGAUGACAAAGUGGUUGCCAUAAAAAAGUCCAAGAUUUGUGCCCCCGCUCAGAAUGAGCAAUUUGUUAACGAGGUGAUUGUUCUUUCUCAAAUCAACCAUAGGAAUGUGGUGAGGCUGUUAGGUUGUUGUUUAGAGACGCCAAUGCCAUUGUUGGUUUACGAGUUCAUCAUCAACGGGACUUUGUCGGAGCAUAUUCACAACAAAUGCAGAGAAUCUUUACUUUCAUGGGAGCUGCGGUUGAAGAUAGCCGCAGAGACUGCAGGAGCACUGGCAUACUUACACUCCUCCAUUUCCAUCCCGAUCAUACACCGAGAUGUGAAGACGACGAAUGUACUCUUAGAUGAAAAUUACAUAGCAAAAGUGUCCGACUUCGGAGCUUCACGGUUGAUUCCUCUAGAUCAAGCUCAAAUAACUACUUUAGUGCAAGGAACACUAGGGUACUUGGACCCUGAAUACUUCCAUUCAAACCAACUAACGGAAAAGAGUGACGUGUAUAGCUUUGGAGUUGUCCUUGCAGAGCUACUAACAAGCAAAGUGGCACUUUCUUUUGCCAGGCCUGAGGCAGAGAGAAAUCUAGCGAGCUUCUUUGUUUGUUCAGUGGAACAGGGUCGCUUGAAUCAAAUUCUUGAUGAAGACAUAGUCAACGAGGGAAAUAUUGAGACACUUAAAAAAGUGGCUGAUCUUGCAAAUAGAUGUUUAAGGGUAAAAAGGGAGGAAAGGCCUAACAUGAAACACGUAGCCAUGGAGCUGGAGGGGAUGAUGAUUAUGGCAAAGCAUCGAUGGGGAAAGGCCAAUUUCGGCCCCGAGGACACUGAAUACUUACUUGGGUCAGCUUCAAUGGCUUCUGUUAGAGGUGACAAUUGUUCUAGUACCAGUACAACUACUGAUGCAACUACUGUGUACGACAGCAUGCGAAUCGAAAUCGAAAUGUUAAUGCGACACAACGGGCGAUAG